AUGGAUCAAGAACAACCGGAGAGGCCACAGGUGGAGGCGCCGCCGCAACAGCCCAUCAAAUACGGCGAUGCCUUUAACGUUUCCGGCGACCUCGCCGACCAGCCCAUCGCGCCGCAGGAUGCCGCCAUGAUGCAGGCCGCCGAGGCCACCGUGUUUGGGCAGACGCAGAAAGCUGGCCCCGCCGCCGCCAUGCAAGCGGCCGCCACCAUCAACGAGAGGGCCGGCCUCGUAGGCCACGAAGACGCCACCGAAGCUGCUCGGCAGAGAGGCGUCACGGUCACGGAAACUGAAUCUCAAGGGACUCGUGUGAUUACGGAAUCUGUUGCAGGACAGGUAGUUGGGCAGUUUUAUGAGGCGACGCCGGUGUUGGCGGCGACCGGAGCCGGGCGGCAGGCCAUGGUGACGAUAGGAGAAGCACUGGAAGCUUCCGGCCGGGCAGCUGGGAACAAACCUGUGGACCACAGCGACGCCGCCGCCAUACAGGCUGCAGAAUGCAGAGCCACCGGCUCCAAUCUCAUCACUCCCGGCGGCCUCGCCGCCGCGGCCCAGUCUGCUGCGGCGUACAACGAUGGCUUCGCGGGGAACGAGGGGAGGGUGAAGCUCGCUGACAUACUAUCGGGGGCAGCGGAGAAACUGCCGGCGGACAAGGUGACGACGCGGGAGGAUGCGGAGGGGAUUAUGAGUGCGGAGCUGCGCAAUGAUCCUCAUCGGAAGACGCAUUCCGGCGGAGUGGCGGAGGCGGUGGGGGCGGCUGCGAGUGUCAAUGAAGAGGGCGGUGUGAUUGGUGAUACGGAUACCACCGUAUAA